AUGAGGCUCUCGGUAGACGGCGCGCGCCAGUGGGAGCUACUACGAGCAAUUAAAGAACUAUUCUGCAGUCGCUUGGCAUGCUACAAUCACACAGCCAACCAAGCGGAUUCGCUGCAGCAAAGCAGAUCUCGAACUUUUUUCCAGUCUGAUAUGCGAACAAUCCUCCAGCACAUCCAAGCCGAUUCUGAAAUCCCGAGCCAGUUGUUCGAGAGAUGCAUUCGAUCGUUGGACGAGCUACUUCAAGCCUUUGACGACAUUAUAGAUGAUGGGAUCCUAGCUGGGGACUCCCAAGAAGCUAAGGCCAGCAAAACCGUGAGCUCUCAGUAUGCAAAAUUGGAAGUUGUCAAAAAUGAAUUGUUUGGCACAAAGGGACAAAAGGGUGCUAUCGAGUAUCUAGACCCUUACAUUCGCCUUAAGGGCAGCCAGGAUUACAAGUCGAUGAUCGGGGCUAUAAAGAUAUUCGAAAAUGAUAUGAAGGAAGUUUACAAAUACUCAUCAAGCUCCGAAAAUGAGUCUCCUCACACAGAUUUUAAAAAAGCGUCCACAACAAAGCCGAGUUCCCAAUGUCCAAAAGCGGAUGCCAGGGGAGAGCCCACUUAUCUUGUUCGAGACAUGGUACAAAAGCUUCACAGUAGCCUCAUACGCCUGUUGGGAUGUUACUCGUCGGCUCAUAAAGCAAGACUCCAUAUACCUGCCCGGGAUGAAGUUAAUCCUGCCACCCUAGACGCUAGCAUAAACUUGGAUAUUUAUCUUUCCACGUGCGCGAACCCUUCUGGGUGGCAAGGUGCAAAAUGCGAACGCCUCCAUGACCUCCCCAACCGUCGUGAACGACUCGACACAUCCCAAUACCCAAGUAAAUCGCUGCGGGAGCUCCUCAACGAAGGCCACUUCUCUCACUUUGGCAAACACAAAGUUUCUCUCAAAGAAAGGAGGAUAUUGGCCGUGAUUCUUGGCCACCUUAUGCUCGAGCUUUGCGACGGGCCUUGGAUUCGGGAGACGUGGGAUGCGGGAAAUAUAUACUUCCUUUCUCACCCCUCCAAUCCAAACGCCAUCAACCUCCGCCAACCGUAUGUCGAUAGUUGCUUAUCAUCCAAACAACGGCCUCCAACUCCAGAUGGCUUGGAAUCCAGCGAUAUCAACCAAUUCCAUAAAUACCCUCUCAUUUUGGACUUCGCCCGCCUGUUAGUCGAAAUACAGCUUGGCGAAACCAUACAACCGACAGAGGAAGACUGCUCUUCGGGUACAGAGACACUUGAUACAGCCUUCUUUAUGAUUGAUAGAAUAUUUCACGAUAUAUCCGACGAUAUUUACGAAGAUUACAAAUCCGCUAUCGAUGCUUGUUUAGAAUGUGAUCAAUUUCUUCCCGAAGCCGCCUCUUUUGAUCACCCACAGUUUAGGGACCUUGUGUACCAGAAUAUUGUCGCUCCGUUAGAGCAAGAACUUCUAAAGGGCUUUAACAUCACGGUCCCGGAGCUUAGUACUUUACAAUUCGAGGAUGGAAGGUCUUCCCAGAAACCUACCUCUAACUCUAGCCACACCACCAACUCUAAAAGCCAUCGCAGUGGUAGCCAUAGAUCCACCACACCUCCCUUGGUGAUGUCUGAGAACGAGGCCAUAUUUACCCCCAAACCGGCAUCUUUCGAGUACGCGGAAGUCAACUCGUCAAGGAAAGAGUACCCAGUGGUAAACGGGCGUAAUGGGAUAUCGCAUGUCAGAGUAGAUACAAUGUCCAGUUGCGUAUCAAGCUCCGUUGAAAUUUACCCACCCGAGUCAUUCAAAAUUGCGAUCAUAUGUCCGAUGGCCGUCGAACUUGCGCCAAUACUAGCAAUUAUGGACACGGAGUACCCAAACUGUAUUGAAACCCAAAGAAACAAUUACACUCUCGGAAGAAUUGGCAACCACAAUGUGGUCGUUACUGUCAUGCCCGGAAUCGGCAACAAUCGUGCUGCAGCCGUAGUAACGCAGUUAACAAAUGACUUCAAAUCUUUGAAGUUUGGUUUACUCGUUGGGAUAGGCGGCGGUAUUCCAGAUCUACCCCAAUACGAUAUCAGGCUCGGUGAUGUUGUUGUGAGUAAACCUACAGCGAAUUUUGGAGGAGCAGUCCAAUUUGAUCGAGGCAAAACGCACCCAGACAACCACUUUGAAAGAACCGGCCAUUUGAAUAAACCCUCGUGGUUCCUAAUGUCAAAUCUGCAUACGCUUAUUGCUCGACAUUCAAUCGAACCAAAUAAAAUUAGCGACUAUUUGUCAGAAAUGACCCGUAAUAGGGCUCACAUGGUCCAAAAGGGAUAUGUUCAUCCAGGCGAGGAACAUGAUGUGCUCUACGAGCACGACUACCGCCACAAAUCGCAUACUAGCGAUUGUAGGGAUUGCGACCAAAGCAAGAAGGUUGAGCGACCCUCACGGGCAUCUAGUGACCCCAUGGUUCAUUAUGGCACCAUUGGAUCGGCCAAUACUGUUCUCAAGGAUGGUGAUACCCGUGAACAGCUCAAGAAGGACCUUGGGAUUAUAUGUGUAGAUAUGGAGGCGGCUGGUAUCAUUGAUGACUUGCCAUGUUUGAUAAUUCGAGGUAUUUGUGACUACGCAGACUCACAUAAGGCGAAGAAAUGGCAGCCAUAUGCUGCUGCGACUGCUGCAGCAUUUGCGAAGGAGUUUCUUUCUGUUGUUCCACCUGAUUUUAGCGUUAACGUUUAG